AUGAAUCAAGAGAAAACAGUUGAGGAACCAUUACUUAGUUAAGCCAAGAUGAAUGAGUACAAGGAGAGGGAAUUCAGAGAAUAUUUGGUCAAUCAGGAUGUUACACUAGCGAUUGUUAAAUGUUAGCUUAUUCAUGAUUAAUUGUUUCUAGUUCUCCUUGCUUUGAGAAAUGCACCAAAUAAGCCUGAUUCUCCCAGUCAAGCACUUAUUGAUUAUUUCAGCAUACACAAGGAUACAAGGGCUCAUGAAGAAUUCGAAAAACUGAGAAGUGAUGUCGAACAAUUAGAGCAAGGUUAUUGAUGCUUAUAACUGUAUAGAGAAUAGUCAAUUGGCAAAGGAGAUUGAUUCUAUAAAGGAGCAGAUUGUAUAGUAGAAAUUAGAAAAACAGCGUAGAGAAGAAGAGGAAAGAGUGCGUUAGGAAGAGGAAGCGAAAAAGAAUACAAAGAAACCUGCAAAAAAAUGA